GCCCCUCUUGGGAUUUAUUUUCAUAACAAAUCAAAAAAGAAUAAAUCGCGCGGCGAUCGGCUCUGGUCUUUCAACGAGCGACCGUGCUGCUGCUGGUGAGCAAUGUGCGGAGCUGAUUAUAGCGUGCAUUCAAACUUCAGAAAGGCGAGCUAUAAGAGAAGCACGUCGUGGGUGGUCCGGUGCGACUGCGAGGGAACACGAGUCUUGACGCGUGUGUGGUCCGGCUGGUUUUAUAUGCUGUGAGUGCGACUGUCGCCGGCGACCGUAGAAGAUGCGAGAAGCUUCGUUCGGACAAGACGCAGACCUUGUCUCGUGGUUGGCCGAGAUUGCCUGCGACAGCAAAGAUGACAUCAACUCGUGGACGCAUGAAAAUGAUACCGCUACUGGUGCUCUGUUGCUUGUUGCCUCACAGGACGUCUUCAGAAUUGGAGCCUAGAUUUACAACCAACAAUGAAGCCGAGAACAAUACGGGAAAGGAUAUGGAUUUGGGAUCUCGACACAGAAUCAAAGAUUCCAGUUAUUUGCUGGACAGAUAUCCCAUAGACAUGUCAUCGGAUGAUAUGAAUUGUCGCAGACCUGCAAAGUGCAUAUCUCUGCACAAAACUACUUGUAUGGGUAUGAAAUUACCAUAUACUCACACUACAUUGGACCUGAUACCUGAACAUGUAACUCAAAACAUCGUAGAGGAAAGAUUAUACUUGUUACAAGCCUUGAGACACGUACCAAAGUGUUGGGCGGUUGUUCAGCCAUUCUUGUGCUCAAUAUUCAUGCCAAAGUGCGUGAACAACACGGUGGAAUUACCGUCACACGAGAUGUGCAAGCUGGUGUUGGGACCCUGCAGGUUGCUGCUCAAUCACACGAUAUGGCCGAGUUUUGCGAAAUGCGACGAUACCGAACUGUUCCGACGUUCGUGCAAGAACGACAUCAGGGAACUAAAGUUCAACAUAUCGGGCAAAUGCCUGAAACCCCUCGUGCCCACUGACAAUGCCUUGUCGAUCUUCGACGGAGUCGAGGGCUGCGGCACGCAGUGUUACGACCCGUUGUUCACACCCGACGAACACAAGCAGAUACACUCGUUCAUCGCAUGGGCCGCGGGUAUCUGCUGCGCCUUCAAUCUGUUUACCAUAAUAACAUUUCUGAUAGAUUGGAGAAGCGCCAACAAGUAUCCAGCCUUGGUGAUAUUUUAUAUAAACUGUUGUUUCAUGGUGUCUUGCAUCGGCUGGUUAGCUCAAUUUACCUUCGGCAGGGACGUAAUUGUAUGCCGCAAGGACGGGACGUUGAGAAUGAGCGAACCAAGCGGGGAGACUCUCUAUUGCAUCAUAACCUUCAUUCUCGUGUAUUAUUCUCUGAUAGCAGCUGUGGUGUGGUUCGUCAUAUUGACGUACGCCUGGCACAUGAGUUUUCAAGCGCUCGGCAAAAUAAAAGACCGUAUAGACAAAAAGGGCGCGUAUUUCCAUUUGAUCGCUUGGUGCUUGCCGACCGUCUUGACGGUCACAAUCAUGACCUUAGGCGAGAUCGAUGGUAACAGCGUGACCGGAAUAUGCUUCGUGGGUUAUGCUAAUCAUAUAGCGAGAGCCUCGUUUGUGCUGGGCCCGGUGCUGAUCGGCUUACUAAUAGGAGGCUAUUUUUUGUCUAGAGGGCUUUUUACGCUUAUUAGUUUAAAAAUAAGCAGUCGAGAGGUCAUGUCCGAAAGAGCGAGUGCAAAGAUACGAGAAACCAUCAUUAGGAUGGGGCUGUUCUUCAUAUUUACUCUGGCGGCGGUCGGCGUGACGUUUUAUUGUCACAUAUAUGAGUUUCUGCAUUCUUGGCAGUGGCGACAGAGCUUCAGAAAUUAUAUGAUAUGCGCGAUAACAACGAAGUAUUUGGACGAGUCCGAGUGUAAAAUGAGCAUAAGGCCGAGCGCAGGCAAGAUGCAGCUGCAUCUGCUUGCACCAUUUUUCGCCGGCAUACUUAUGUCCUCGUGGGUUUGGACCAGUUCGACGGUUGACACGUGGUCCAGAUUUCUGAAGAGAACGCGUCUCCUUUGUGUUUGCAGAACUUUCAAUUGCGAGACUGAAGAACCGAUAAGACUGAAGAAGCACAAAGUGAUCGCGCAAGUCUUCGCGAAACGUAAGACGUUCAACAACGCCGGACGGUUGUCCAUAAGCUUUCACAACACUCACGAGGAUCCAGUCGGGCUGAAUUUCGAGCUCAAUUCAGUGGCUUCGCAAGACUUCAGCUCCACUUGGGCAGCCGCUCUGCCUAAGCUGGUGACGCGAAGAGGCGCGUUAGUCGGCAGCACUACCGGAUCCGUGUCUAGCAAUAGACGAAAUUCGGUGGACUCUGAGAUCAGUUACAGCUUCAAAUGCGUCUCCAUGGAAUCUAGACGAGAUUCCUUGGACUCGCAGAUAUCCGUGCAGAUUGCGCAGGUGAAGACCACGCGAAAGGUUGCCGGUCGGCCGAACGGCCGUCGUGGAAAGAACAGAAGAGACUUUGGGAAAUCUGGGAAAUCCAGGUCGGACAAGAAAGUUGAUCCACAUUCCAGGAGAGACAGUACCACCUCCCAGGAUAGCCAAUUGGUGACAACCGGUGCCGGGCAUGUGCCGAUUCAGAUGCCUAAUAUGGGCAGGAGAUUGGGAAACGCUGGACUGGACGAUCGAGCUUUGAUUGUCGAGGAUUACCGUGGCUCGAAGAUCAUCGACACGAAGAAUGCGGGUAUGCUGCUACCCUUCUUGUUCCCGAGAAGCUGCAGCGACGAGAAUUUAAGCAGCGAUGAGAAGAGGCUCGACGACCCAGUGGUUGUCGACAUAGAAGCCGAGAAUGCGGAAAAGGACGAGCAGGACAGCGACGGCGAGGACAGUCAACCGGAUGAAGAGGUGAAGAUGUUGAGUCCGGAGGAUACGCACGAACGUGGCAAGGCUAAGAGCAGCAAUAAGAACUGCAAGACCUACAGUCACGAGAGCGACCGGAGAAACCGGGAGAGUCACAGGAACAAGUACGUUCUGAAGGAUGAGACGAUCUUGAAACACUUACUCCAGGAGAGCAGCGAUAUUAAGAUAAAGAACGACUCCGAGAAGAAAGAGACGUACAGGAAGGUAGCGGCGGGCGACUUGGCGUCUAGUCUCACCUCGUGUUGUCCGGAGCUCACCAGAUUGAUGCAAGACGGGCAGACGGGCAAUGCCAGAGAAAUGGCGACGCAGACCUCGCUGCCGCUCGACAUACUGGAGAUGGAAGAAUUGAAACAGAGCAUCGAUGAGAUAAUCAACAGCAGACAUUGCAGUUCUAAAGGAACUCAAAUCUCACCUCAAUUAAAGAAGAGCAAGAACAUUGUGACGUAAAGACUGAUGACUGUUCUUCUCUCUUUUUCUCAAAUGUAUAUUGGGAAAUGUGCAUAUAGUGAGGUAGAUGUUAGAUAGCAUAAUUGUUUAUUGAAGUAGUAACGAUUGCGUCGCGCGCGGGCUAGACACAUAGACGAACUAUACUUUUUCACUUCUUCGUCCGAGCGAAAGAGUGAAAUCGUGUGGCGAUGACAAUUUUAUGCUGGCUAUCAUUCAAAUCGUAUA